GGUCCGCGCUACCGUGCUAGUAAUCUCCCUCCGUACAUAAGAUGGCAGACUGCUCAGAGUGCUACUUUCCUCCCCACUUCACAGCCAACCUUUCGAGCAACAAGUCCUUUGACCUUCGGUCGUCCCAAACUUCCAACUUCACAGUUUUAAGUUCACUCUAAUCAACCAUCAAAAUGCGUUACACUAUCACCGCCUUCGCUGCUUUCGCCAGCAUCGCUGCUUACCCAGCGUCUUCCAAGACUCCUGAGGUCCCGGCCUACCCAGCUUCCUCCAAGACCCCUGAGGUUCCCGCUUACCCGGCGAGCUCCAAGACCCCCGAGGUUCCCGCUUACCCCGCGAGCUCCAAGACUCCUGAGGUCCCAGCUUACCCUGCCUCGUCCAAGCCCUCCGUGCCUGAGGCGUCCACCUCUUGCUCCAGCUCCACCACCAUCACCGUCACCGUCCCUUACCCCACUGGUACCGGCUACCCCGUCGGCCCCGGCUCCAAGCCCUCCGGCCCUGCUCCUUACCCCAUUGUCCCCGGUACUGGUGUUCCCAGCGUCCCCGCUGCCGGCACUGGAUACCCCACCAAGACUGGUGGCUACUCCAAGCCCAGCACCCCUGCUGAGUUCACCGGUGCUGCUUCCGCACUCAACGCUGCUGGCUUCGUUGCCGGUGUUGGUGCCAUCGCUGCUUUCUUCUUGUAAACGUCAUAUUUUUAAAUUGAGCAUGCCCACGGGCAGGCUAUGACGUUACAUGAUCAUUGCAUAAGGAUUGGUCUUCUUUUCACGUAGAUAUCCUUGGUGUCGGAAAGGGUAAUUGUAAUUAGUAGGGACGGUGUUGCUCGAAUCAGAACUUUGAAAACUAUAUUGUUGU